AUGUCCUAUCCCUCUACUGUCAAGGCCGUCGGUAUCAAGGAGACGGGCGACUACGAUGCAAUCCAAGACCUCGAGCUUCCCUUCCCUGAGGUCAAGCCGACCGAUCUGCUGAUCAAGGUCCAAUAUGCCGGCGUGAACUUCAUCGACACCUACUUCAGAUCGGGACUGUACAAAACACCCUUCCUGCCUUUCCCUAUCGCGGGAGAAGCAGCUGGGAUCAUCGCAGAACUGCCUACUGAUGAAGCUCUGCUUCAGAACGAGACUUACAAGAAACGCGGGUUCAAGAAGGGAGGUAGAGUCGCACUGAGCUACCGCGGCUCACUCAAGGAAUACGUCUCUGUUCCGUGGGAUGAGUUGGUUGUGCCCGUGCCCGACGAGUUUCCAACACGCGUAGCGGCCGCGGCAUUCAUCCAGGGAAUCACGACGAUCGCCCAGCUGACGGAGAGCUAUGAAGUGAAGAAAGGCGAUAUCGUCAUGAUACACACGAUAGCCGGUGGCGUGGGCCUUCUGCAUGCCCAGUAUGCAAAGCUGAAGGGCGCAACUGUGAUUGGGACGACUUCUACGCCAGAGAAGGCUCAGCUCGCGAAGGCACAUGGUGCAGACCAUGUCAUUCUAUACAAAAACGAAAACGUCGUCGAGCGCGUCCUUGAGCUAACCGGCGGGGAAGGUGCUCAUGUUGUAUAUGAUGGCGUUGGGAAGGACACGUUCGAAGCUAGUCUUCAGAUGUUAAGGCGCAAAGGGACACUGUGCUCCUUCGGAAAUGCCAGUGGCGCUGUGCCACCAUUCCCCCUGAUGAAGCUCACCCCGAAGAACAUCACCGUCCUCCGCCCUACCGUCUUCAACUAUGUGUACACAGUCGAAGAGAAAGACACCCUCAGCAAAGAGCUGCUUGACUUAGUGACAAGCGAUCAACUCAGAAUCAAUAUUCACGGCGAAUACCCAUUCACGGCCGAAGGUGUCAAAGCGGCGCAGAAAGAUCUAGUGGGCGGAAAAACGACGGGCAAACUCCUCAUCAAGGUGGCGGACGAGUAG